UAGAGUUACCUCCCAUUGAUUGCAGUCUCGCCAAAAAUACAAACAUCCGACAUUAUAAUGAUUUCACGUGUUUAGUUGUUAGGUUGAGACAGUAGUUGGAGUACUUUUGUUUUUUCUUUUCAAGCCGUUUCUGAAGCACCGACACUGAAUCGAACAAUACGUUCUGUCUGUUUGUAUUACAUCAACCUGGAAAUUGGCUGUUAACAAUGGCUUCAAGAAGUAAUGAUAUGUUUGACGUCCACUGGGUUCCACCAACGGAAGCAGAGAUGAAGAUUAUUGAAGCUCGACGUGAAAGGUCCAAUAAGAUCAGUAAAUUGAUGGGGGAUUAUCUGUUGAAAGGUUAUAAAAUGUUGGGAAUCACAUGUCGAGAAUGUGAGACUAUUUUAUUACAAGAUCGUCAUGGUAGCAAUUAUUGUGUAGCAUGUAGUGAAUUAGAUUCUGAUACAGAUAAAGAUGAUCCACUAAAAAAUCAGACGGCAGCAUUAACACAGGUGAAAGAACAGCAGCGAGUAACUUCAAGAGAAGAAACAGAGUUUGAAGAUCUUCCACUACAGCCUGACAGUCAAAUUACAGACACAGAGUUACCUCCCCCGGCUGUUGUUACAAACAGUCAGAGCGUAACAUCGUCAAAUCGUACGAGCAACUCGGGUACAUCUUCGAUUCCAUCGUCAGACUUCAUACAAUCAGUGACUGUUUUAACAAAUAAAUUAAAGUGGGCCGUAGGGGAGUUAGAUAAAACAGCGUCAAUAGAAUACACCAUACAGCUCUGUCAGCUCAUUAAAUCUUGUGCUGAUGCUAUAUCAAGUUUACAAAAAACGCAAUCUUGAUCAAAAAUGUUGAGCAACAACCUAUGGCUGUCCAUAGUAAGCUAGGCUUAGUUUUACAACAAACACUCUUUAUAAAAAUUGUCGAGCAACAACCUAUGGUUGUCCAUAGUAAGCUAGGCAUAGUUUUACAACAAACACUCUCUUGAUAAAACUUGUCGAGCAACAACCUAUGGUUGUCCAUAGUAAGCUAGGCAUAGUUUUACAGACAUUGUUUUGAUAAAAAUAUGUAACUGAAUGUCAGUCAAUAUCAUAAAUAAUAUAAUGUUUAUGGGUCUCUCUAUGUAUGAUACUUCUUGCAUCUAUUAUAUAAACUGACAUAUAACUGAAAUACAGGCCUUUUAUGUUUCAAAUUAUGAGUCUCGUAAAAUUGUAGAGAUUUUGAAAUAUAACAAAAGUAAACAAGGCAUAGUUGUCCAUUAUGUAUACCCAGACAAUAUAACUGAAAUACAGGCCUUUUAAGUUUCAAAUUAUGAGUCUCGUAAAAUUGAAGAGAUUUUGAAAUAUAACAAAAGUAAACAAGGCAUAGUUGUCCAUUAUAUAUACCCAGACAAUUCCACUCCAGCAUCAUCUCUAGUGAUGGCUUCUUAUCCCACGUCACUGUAUCAUAAGGCCUGUCAUUGAGUCAACUGGCGUGGUUUCGAAUCCCUGGUUGUACAUGACAAGGAGUAGGGUCCUCCGGUUUUCUCCCACUGCUAAAGAUCCAUACGUGCAAGCGAAUUAUUUAAAUAAAUUAAACCAUAUGUUAGUCCCGAAAUGACCAAGUUUGUGUCGAGUGGACGUUAAACCCCAUUUCUCUCUCUCUCUCUUAUCCUAGGCUGAACAAAGUAAUUCCCGAUUUUCUGAAAACAGAAAACUGUCCAUUAUAUAUACCGAGACAAUUCCACUCCUGCAUCAUCUCUAGUGAUGGCUUCUUAUCCCAAGUUGAACGAAGUAAGUCCUGAUUUUGUUUCUUGAGCAUAUCUCAUAAACUAUGCAAGAUUUUAUUAUAGUAGCUGGGCCUUUUGCUAAUUAGAAAUUUUCUUGGAUUUUAUCAUUUUUGGGUUUCCAUGGAAACAUGUUUGUUGAUGAUCGAGUCAUCUUGUUAUAUUAGUGUUAGGGAUGGCAUCUAAAAUCCUGUUCAGAAAGGGGUCAUUAUGUUAUGUGCUUCACACUGAGCAAGUCAGGCAGAAAUAUUUUGGGCUAUGCCCCUGUAUUUCUCUUGACUAAAAUUAGAGAGUGGUUGAUACGCAAAUCCCUGCUUGUAGGUUACAAGGUUUAGGGUUGCCUGUCCAAACGUGUGGGUUUUCUCCGAGUCCCCUGGUUUCCUCCCACAGCUAUAGACCCCAAGUGAAUUAUUGAAAUAAAAUUUAACCAUAUGUUAGUCCCGAAAUGACCCAGUUUGUGUUGAGUGGACGUUAACCCCAUUUCUCUCUCUUUCUCUCUCUCCCUCUGAUAUACAUCUGUGUGUUUAUAUAUUUAGGUACAUAUUUAACUAUACAAUAUCCUUGAACUGUUAUUAAUGUUUAAAAAUACCAAGCUGAUAUAAUGUAGAUAAAUAUAUUAGGCCUGUUAUAUAUGUGCACAUAAUGUUUAAAUAUUUUCACAUAAUGUUAGUAUUUAAAUAUGUUCACAUAUAUUAACAUUUAAAUAUGUUCACAUA